ACUCCUAAUAUGGUCAUUGCACGAUUACCCUUUCAUUCCGGCUUUUUAUGCAAAUGAUAUUCUAAUAGCCAGCUGUAUGCAGUGGUAGUAAGAGCAUGCGCAGUGCCUGAAAAGAAGACUGCAAAGAUUCAAAGUUUUUGUUCAGGUUUGUUUUUGUUUUACUUUUGGCUAUAUACUGACCAACAAGUAGAGUAUGUUUGGCUUUCAUAAGUCAAAGAUCUACCGGAGUAACGACGGCUGUUGCAUCUGCAAGACCAAGUCUUCCAGUUCACGUUUCACAGACAGCAGUCGAUAUGAGGAGACAUUCAGACUGUGUUUUGGGCUGUUGGAGGAUCGUGUUGGAGACAUUUGCAAUGCAUGUGUGUUACUGGUGAAGAGGUGGAAGAAGCUGCCUCAUGGCUCCAAGAAAAACUGGAAUCAUGUGGUAGAUGCAAGAGCUGGACCAGGCUUUAAGGUGACAAAACCCAAGAAGAUGAAGAACAGUGAUGGAAAGAAGAAAAGCAAGCUAAAGAAGCUGCACAAAUUAAAAAGACAAACAGACUCAGAUGCCCACAGCACAACCUCCAGUGUGUCUCCUGCCCAGUCUCCAAGUUACAGCAACCAGUCAGAUGAUGGCUCAGACAUAGAGUCCAAACAACGGCGCUCGACUCCCUCCAUCUUCUCUUUUCUGGACCGUUCCUACUGGAAAAGGCAAAAGGUGUGCUGUGGGAUUGUCUACAAGGGUCGGUUUGGAGAGGUCAUCAUUGAUCCCAGGCUUUUCAAGCCCUGCUGCAGUUCCAAAAAUCAGAAGACGCUGGCACCAACACAAGUGGCCACACACUUGCCAGAUGCACUUCCUCCACAGCUUCCAGAAGACAGGAAAGAAACCUGGUGAAUGCUUUUGCUGAAUCCUCCUCUGGGGUUAUCAGUUGCAUCCACCUGGAUUUGUCUCCAGUGGCAGACCUCAUUUCCACUUCUUCUUUUAGAUCAGUUAGAUUUUGUGUCUACAUAAUAUCAAUUUUUUAAAAAUGUGGGUAUUUUUUUUACUUUGUAUAGGGUUGAGUUAUGUUUUAUUGAAAUAAAAAAAUGGGCAUUAGUGUUAUUUAUAGGACAAGGACACAAAUUUUGUUAAAAUUAAGUUUUGAUUCCAACUUGCUUUAUGUUAUUUUUGUAUUAAGUGAUAAUUUUUGUAAAUAAUUUCUUUUUUGCAUAUCAGGACUGCUCUUUAAAUCUGUCAAACUGUAAGUGUGCAUAUGUCAGACACCAGCUAUUUCUUAAACCAGCUUUUUUGUUUAUGUUGGCCUUCAGCCUUUUGUUCCAAUGUUUUGCUGUAUGUUUACCUCUUUAUGUACAAAUGAGUAUGUUUUUGUUUUUUUAGUUUUAAUUACACAGAUGGCUUUUUCUAACACCAGGGAUCAUCAGCACAUCUAUCUUUAACUUUAAUAGGUUUAACAGGUUUUGAUAAGUAUGUAAAUAGGACACGUUUUCCCUUGGACAGAUAAACAGCUUAAGCACGCAACAAGUUUGAAACACUCCGUUUUAAUUUGUUUAGCAGUUUGUGCAUAUUGGCAUGGAUAGAUGAGGUUAGACCAUGCAUGCAGUACAUCCCUUUUCCUUUUGAAGUGACAGCAGUGACUUAUUUAUUUCUUUUGUACAGUCUCCAGUGAAAUAACAUUGCUUGUUGUAAACCAAAAUUUCACAGUAGAAUUAGUAAAGUCAGUGUUUUAGCUAAUGGCAUAUCCAAACCUUUAAAAAAUUACAGCAAACCACUACACCUGAAAGGUGCUGAAAGUGCUACGACAGUUUAAACACAUUUUCAUAUCUUUUUUUCUCCAUGCAUUUAUCUGAAGGCAUGCAAUGUUGAAGCUUGCGCUUUGUGUAGAAAUGGGUGUAACUUGCAGGGAGAAGCUGCAGUAUCAGUGAGCUGUUGUACUCGUACUCUUUUUGAUUACCGUUGCAAACUGAACAAGCAGGGGGGCAUGGCCUAAGUGUUAUGAUUGCCCUACAUUUUAAUCAGAAAACUGCUCUAGAGAGAAGUAUUUGAUUGUCAUGCAUGGCCGAGGUUUAUCUUCAGAAGUAAUUGUCAAAAGUUCAAACUAUGCAGAUAUGUUGAAUGUGAGAAAUGCUAUAGGGCUUUCUAUCACUUAUUUCAGUGUAGAGUGAUGGAUCCUUACUUAACCAAAUUGGCUUGUGAAAAGCACCUGUCAUUUCAGCAAUAAUGUUACAUUCUCAUAAGUCACGGUCAAGAUAUGCCUGUGUAUGUCAUGUUAAAAAUAAUGCUCAUAUUGCACAGUUAUUGCCAUGGUGCAUACUGUCUCAAGUUCAUACAGUAGUGACAACGGUUGUAGUUUUUUUUUCCUUACAUUUAUUAACCAAGCUCAAACUAAAUGAAUUGACAGGCAUUGCUCUGUAAAGUUGCUUAAUAUAUGUAAACAUUUCUGCGGCAGGGUAGUUGAAUGCUGAACAUUUUUUAUUCUUGUUGAAAGGAGUUAUGCAGCUUCCUUUUAAGCUGGAAAAUAAGCUUUUUUUUAUUUUUGUCCUUAGGGAGUUGCCAUAAUGUUGCGAGGUACAUUUUGGGAUAUAAGAUGUGCCUUAAUGAAUUACCUGACUUUUCCAUAAUGAUUUUUUUAUGUAAUUUAUAUUAAUUUAUUACACAGCAUUUUUAAACUGAAAUUUUGAGGUAACUGGUGUAGAGCCUUUCACAAAGUUGUUUUUUUUUAUUCUUUUGUGCACUUCUUUUGAACAUGCAAUGUAUUUUUUUGUACGCUUUUUGUAUACUGUACCACAAAGUAGAUCUGUAAUAAAAUUGGAGAAAAAGUG